CACAUGCUGAUAUCGAAGAACGAUAGACUUCGAUAGAUCACCUUUUUUCCCCCAGCAAAAAAGUAAAAUUCUUUGGGGUUUUUAUCAAGGUGAGGUGUGAAUAAUAGGAACUGUGACGGCGGUCGCGGCAAAUCGAUUGCCGCAUCUUGGAUCGCAGCUAGCGCGGAACUCUGCGCCGGAACGUUCCGCCCGGAAUCGCGGGGCAAAAGUGCCACGAAACGUCGCCGAAGAAUAGAAGCGGAAAAUUUGGGGAAAAUACGGAAAGAUGUGGGCUCCCGGCGGGGAUGUUAAAUCAAUAGUGGUGCUGGCGGCACUGACGGCGCUUCUCUGGGCCCCACUUGAGGUCCUUGGGCGGAAGCACCAUCUGGAAGUGAGGAAUGACCGUCGCCAGUACAUCGCACUCAGCACCUUUGGAUUCUACACUAAUGGCCAUUUGGAUGUGCAGCUCAGCAAAUUGACUUUUGACAAUGAGCAGUCUACAGAUUUGAUGGGUCUGUCGCUGGAUAAGACCACUAUUGACCAGCUUAAUCCCUAUUUGGACUCGCAUCAAAACAAAUGCAUUCUCGAGGAAUCACCUAAAUCCCAGAUCAGCGGACCCAUUCUCUUCUUCGUGCUGGACCUCAAGGAGCUUAAAGUUCGUGUUAAGUGCUCCCCCGAAUGGCACAAUAUGCACAUCUACAACCAAAUCCCGUCCAGAACCAAGCGGCACUCACACAUGGCCAAGGUCAGCGAUUCGGUUCUGUUUCGCCAGACCCGCGCUGCCCAAGAUUUCUCCGCCGAGGGGCCAGAUGAGUCCAUGGAGGAUCCCUUGGAGCAAGAACCGACGGAUUUAAAGUCUUCCUCGCCUGCUGCGGUUGCAGGCAAAAUUGAGCUGCCCAAAGAUGAAGGUGCACCCAAGGUAGAUGCUCCUGCCCAAAAUGUUGAUGCUGUCAAAGAGGAGUCUGUUCCCAAGCCAGAAGUGGCUGCCAAUCAGAAUAUUUCUGACAAGCAGGAACUGCCUCCCCCACCAAAUGCCGCCCCUAAAGUGGAGGAAGCCGUUAAGAGUGAACAGAAGCAGGAGGAAGCCCCCGCUGAAAAGGAUGAAACCCCUUCGAAAAAGGAGGAAACCCCAGCAAAGCAAGUAUCCGUAGAAGAGCCAAAAGUCGCAGCCCCACCACUGGCCGUAAAUAGCCCAGCAGCUGCUCCGUCCCUAGAUGAUACUGAAGUUGACAAGAAAAAUGAAGCCACCGAUACGGACGCAGCUCCCGGAAACCCUUUCCCCCACGAAGGCGAUUCCGAAGAAGAUUCAUAUGGACCCGACUCCUUUAAGCAAUCGCAAGAAAACCUUUGCAAGGAUUCGACCAUGCCGCUGGUCAGGGAGACCAUCAACAAUGUACACUACUACAGCUUCAACUUCUCUAUGAUGGUGGCCACGCCCAGUGAUGAGGGCUUGUACAACCUUUACUUCCACGCCUGUCCCAAUUAUCACACCUCAAAAAUAAUGUCCUUCAAUGUGGACAUCGAGGAGAACAACAAUGGCAACUAUUUGUCGGCUGGAGAAAUGCCCCUGCCAGCCUUGUACUUCAUGAUGAGCCUGCUCUUCUUUCUCUCCGGCCUCUUUUGGGUUUUCAUUUUGAAGAAGAGCAAGCACACUGUGUACAAAAUCCAUUAUUUGAUGGCCGUGCUGGUGUUCCUCAAGUCCCUCUCGCUGAUGUUCCAUUCGAUCAACUAUCACUUCAUCGAAAAGCGGGGCGAGCAUGUGGAGACCUGGGCCAUCCUUUACUACAUUGCCCACCUGCUGAAGGGCGCCGUGCUCUUCAUCACCAUCGUUUUGAUUGGCACCGGCUGGACUUUUAUUAAGCACAUUCUCUCUGACAAGGACAAGAAGAUUUUCAUGAUCGUAAUUCCACUGCAGGUUCUGGCCAACGUGGCCCAGAUCAUUACGGACGAGUCUGAUCAGAGCGACGCCGAGUUCCGUACCUGGCACAACAUCUUCUUCUUCGUGGAUCUGCUGUGCUGCGGCGCCAUUCUCUUUCCAAUCGUAUGGUCCAUCCGACAUCUACAUGAGGCCUCUGCGACAGAUGGCAAGGCGGCGAUCAAUUUGCGCAAGUUGAAGCUGUUCCGUCAGUUCUACAUCAUGAUCGUGUGCUAUAUCUACUUCACGCGGAUCAUCGUCGAUCUGCUGCAGAUGACGGUGGUGUUCCAAUACGCCUGGCUAGACGAGAUGUUCCGUGAGAUGGCCACAUACGUGUUCUUCGUGCUGACUGGCUACAAGUUCCGUCCAGUAUCCUCGCAUCCAUACUUCACCGUGCCGGACGAAGACGAGGAUGACGACGAGGUGGAGGUGCUUACCGAAUCUGGUCUCACGGAGACGGUGCACCGUGUGAAGCAGCUAAACCGAAACCACGGAAGCGGCUUGGGCGGAAUCACCAUCAUCGAGGGCAACGAUGAUGAGCGCGAGAACCUGAUUGCAAAGCGGGAAUCAAGCCAUGAGUACGAUUAGGCCCCAUAAUGGAAGCCAAUUGAUCUGCAUCACCAAUAUUCCCUGCAUUAGUCCGUAGUCUAUAGUCCCCGGAGUCUUGGAUAUAAUGACUCAAAUUCUGAGCUAGUACUUUACCAUUACUUUAAUAUAUUUGUUUUAUGUUCAGCGCAUCUUAAGAGAAAUCAAUAAGAAAAUCAAAAGCAAACGCGAUGGCCAUGGAGGGGAUAAUCUCAGCAUAUAAACUUGUAUAGGGCAACGUCGGCACAACGUUUGGUGGGCACCAACUGCUCCUCCACCACCUCCUCCAGUGCCCGUCCAGUCGCCAGCCAAGGAACCCUUGUAAAUAAAUAAUGAAUCCGCUUAACGGAAUACUGAACGCUUGUGACACCCAGGCCCUAUCCUUGGUUUAAGAUAUACAUAUACAUAUAAAUAAAUACACUUAUGUAAUUACCUAUAAUUUUAUGAAUAUAACAAAGCUUUAAUAUGUAAACCC